AUGAUUUGUUUUAUAUACACACCUCGUGCCCGCUUUCCAAUUACCACGUACAAAUUGUAAAUAUUUAAACGCUUUUCAUGUCUUACACAAUAUUAGUGAUCAUCGAUUCUUAACCUUUUUCUAUUACCUGAAACCAUGGCAACCAUAUAUCUCCCAUUCAUUACACGAAGAACUAACAAAGCCACCAAACCCUGUGUCACAAUUAUUUGCCGUUUAAUAACACGGUUCGAGACUCUGUCUACAAACCAUAAAAGAACUGUGGACAGCAGGCACACACGAUGUACGUCGAAGGUAAAUUGCUUGUGUACAAGGCAAACAUUUGGAUCAUUGGAGCUAUCUUACGAUCCAUGGUCAUUGCUCCAUCAUAGAACAGUUGUCAUGACACAUAUUGUCAGUUGAUGCUGUUAAUGUAUUGUAGUUAUUGCAAUGGAAAGUUGUAGCUUGUAGGUAAAAUUAUUUUUCGUGAGUUUGAUCCUGUUUAUCUGCUAGAGUACUAGAGUACGCAAAAAGAGGAAAUGUUCUGCAUCAUAUGAUUCAAACUUAAACUUAGAAAUUAAAGAAUGUCAACCGCGUUGGAUUAUCCAAUGGCGCGAUAUCCAAGUUGGAUAACAAGAGAGCUGCGUUCUUCAACUGAAACUUCGUCCAAUCCAAAACAUGGCAAGUUUUCUACUGAAGGGAGUCGGGCGGAUAGCAACGAGUUCGUGUUAUUUGUUCGCCUACCGGCUUGGAAAAACGUGGGUAAACAUGCAGAAACUUCUAGAAAAGUCGCACCUGAGAAUAAUAUUAAGAAGAGAAGCAUAUCACUUGGUGAAAUACGAACUUUGCGCAAUUUGCAUCAAGGUGUUGAAGUUUAUAAAGUAAAGGGAACGUUGGAGCUGACGACUGGUAUUCCAUCGCAUGUAGCUCUGCUUUGUGAUAUCGACGGGAAAUGUCUCAAUGACGAUGUUUCUUUAUUAUUUGGUCAAAAUAUCAAGUCUGGAGACACACUGCACUUAAAAGUCAAAAGUGCCUAUGAAGCAAUUGUGAAAUCUGUUUGCGAAGAUCGUAUUGAAGAAGUACUUAAGCAGUUGGGCCAUCAUACAAAGGAAAAACGGGGUUUAGAAUUCAAUUUGCAAAACUUGGAAUCCGCUGUUGAAAAUAAUUUAACCCAGAAUGCGUUUUGUGCUUUGUUUUUUGCUGCAGCAAUUGGAAAGUUACAGACGUGCAAAACUAUUUUGAAAUAUGGCACUGAACCAAACUUAAGCAGUGUAAUUGGGAAUACUGCUUUACAUUCAGCCACUUAUAAUGGUCACCUGGAUAUUAUUGAACUACUCGUGGCAUAUGGAGCAAAUAUUAGGUGUCGAAACAUCCGUGGUAAAUCCCCACUUGAUGUCGCUGUGGAGUUGAGUUUAAUGGAAUGCGCGAGAUGGUUAUGGUUGAACCAGUGGUCCAUAAGCAUCACUAAAAAUUCAUUGCGAAAAAAUCCUGAAAAAUCCAUUUCAACUCCUCAUCAUCAAACUUAUGAUGUCACUCAAGAUAAACCUCGUCCAAGCUCAAGCAGUUUGUUAAGAACUCCAAACCAUGUUUCUCACCAUAUUUCUUCAUACAAAACACUGCAUCGAGAUAAACAACGACCCAGAUCAACACCAGCUAUUUGGGAAAGAAGCAAAAUGCGUAAAUCACUUCCACCAAAUUGGAUUCCUGCGCAUCCAAAGCAAGCAUGGAAAAGGAAUUCUGAUGUGAACAUAUUACAUCAACCAAAUCAAGCAACAAACAAGACUGUAUUGCCUCGAAUUACACCGGUAUUAACUCGGGAAAGAUCCAUCCCUUCAAAGCAUGAAACACGGAUGUCACCAAAUACUCCAGAUUUUGCAGUUGGUCUAAACACAAACAAACCUUCGUUAUCUCCCAUUAUUAUCCCGCAACCAAGCACAACACCAGCAUGUCUCCCCACAAAAACAUACUUACUUCAACUCAACUCAAACAAGGAUAUAAAUAUCGCACCAAAGAAAUCACCAAGACCUAAACCUCUCUGUGCUCAAAUUGAAACCAAAGCUUCUGCUGAUUUACCUGAAACAAGUCGUGAAGAAGGAGUCGAAGUUAUUGAAGUCAAUAAUCAAGAAACUAAUGAUGAUGGAAAUAAAGAUCAACCAGUCAAUCAAGAAACUAAUGAUUUAUUUCAAACCGAUCAAGUGAACAACUCUGUUGAACCAAUAUUUAGACAAAACCUAAAUCCAGAGAAUGAAGAAAAAGACCUUUUUUACUCCGUUAUGGAGAAAAAGAAAGAAGUUUCCCAACCAAGCCAAUCUACUUAUUCUGCUCAUGAAAGAGUUUCAAGCGAGAAAAAGAAAAAAGGUCAUCUCUUUGCUGAGGAAAAGCAACGCGAACUUGAAAAGCAGAAAGAAAUACGAAAAGAUAAAAGUGAAAAGGCGUACCAGGAGUGGCUAGCAUCUAAGCAUAAACAAUUCAUACAACGCAGAAAUAAUGAAACAAACCAAAUGAAAUUAAAUCCGGUUGGUUCUACUAAAGUUGAAACUGCCAACUUUGCACCAAGAAGUUGGGAAAUUACAUUUGAACAAUGGCUAGAAACUAAAAAGAACAAACAACCAACCAAAACAGAUUUGGAUACAAACAGAACUUUUCAUAAAAGAUCAAAAUCUCUUGAAAAUGGUAAGACAUUUGAUGAUUGGAUGAAAGAAAAACGAAGACAAAGCGUCGAGAAACCUUUGAACACACGAGGUCAAACUGAAGAAGAAAAACAGAAAUUAGAGGAAAUGCGCGAGCGAAAGUUUACUGCGUGGUACAAGAGUAAGGUGGAAGAAACAAAUAAGAGGAGGAGAGAGGAAGAGAAGAAAGCCAAACAACAAACGGAGGAAAUGAAACAAUAUUACGACGAUUGGAAGAAAACUCGUCGUGUGAAAUCAUUUGAAGAAUGGAAAAAACAAAAACAGAAAGAAAAACGUUUGAACAUGAUGGAUAAUGCUCAAAAGGAGUCGUUACAAUGCGUGUCGGAGUGGAUGGCGCUUGACAGACAGGAGUUGGCACAAAGUGAAUUUACAAAGUGGCGACUCCGUAAAGAAUCUCUCUCGCUUGAAAGAGCUCAGGUUGAAUUGAUGGAAGCGAGAGAAUUAAGAAAAAAGGCAGAACAGAAAGCGAGACUAAAGAGAGCCUGGUUGAAAGCAAGAACGAUGUUAAACUGGAAAAACAUCACUCUUCCUGAUAAAAGAAAUCCCUUGAAUAAAUCUGAUGACACUGGUAAAGAUUCAUUUAAAGCAAUUGAAACCAACCAAAGUGUGAACAAGCUUCAACUUGAUGAAGGGUUUUCAGAGUUUUCUGACAGUUGUGUUGAAGAUUAUGACGUAAAGAAUGUUAAAAGUGAUUCUGAACCACCUGGUUUGUUGGGUGAGUUGCUUAAAUAUGAUGUUUCUUUAAACGAAGUCGCGGAAAUAACCCCGACCCACCAUGACAGCAGUGAUGACAAUGCUCAAGUAUUAGCACAAGAUAUUCAAAUGAAACCCAACCAUAAACCAACUUUAAGUUAUUCAAAAUUUAAAGACACAGAAAAGGAUUUUGAUUCCGAAUACAAACGUUUUGAAAAACAACCUUGUAGAAGAAAUGAUAAAGUUGCAGCGGUUAGAAAUAAGUCAAAAGUUUUAAAUGGAAAAGAAAAAUCUAAAAGAAAACUUCCAGUUACACCAAGUAGUAAAAUAAGCAAAGCGUCAACUGACACAAAUACUCAGUCUUCACUUAAACUUGGAAGUAAAUUAGUUUCAUCUCCUAAAAGUCCGCCCAAAAAAGUGAAACGAAAACUGCCAGUUGUUCCACCAAGUGAAAAUGACAAAACAACCGCACAACAAACUAAACAGAAACCAGCGAGCAGUUUAGCUUCAAAUAUUUCAGAAUCUCCUGGUAUUAAAAGCUCAUCGUCAGGAAGCAAACGUGUUUCGAGUCAAACCAAACCUAGAGUUUCAAGUUACGCGAGUGUGCCGUCGAAAAUUGCUUUCUGGAAAACUGAUGAUAGAUUUAAACCAAAAACAAAACUUGUCAAACAUACUGCAACUACCGAUCUUGGUUCGAAAUUAAAACUUCAGUCAGUAGAAAGUAAGAAAACAGCAACUCAACAAAAACAAUUGAAUAAACCUGGGAAGAAGGGCCAAGAAAAUGGAAAAUAUGGAAAAAACAACCACAAUUUAAAUUCCAAUGCAAGAAAUGGAAGUGGUUUCAAAGUAAAGAAACCAUCCAACUAUCCAGGUUCAAUUUCCUCCACAAGUCUUGAAUCUCAAAGCAACACAGUGGUCACCAAACCCUCCAACAAUGUUCAGUUUAAAAAAAGUUUUCCGAAAUCUUCUGGAAGAAAACUCCCACAGCCGACUAUGAGAACAAACAAAACUCAACGGAAAGUUAUCGUUCCUAAAUCUACAGAAGCAAGUCCAACACAACAGAAUGUUAAAGACAAAGUCUUGGUUGAACCGCACACAACAGUUGUUGAUAAAGAACAAGAUAAUGUUUGUUCAAAAGUUGAUGCAAAAGUUGAGGAUGGGCCAGAUAACUUUGCAAGAGAGAAUACGAAUAAUAUUACGGGUGACGAUGAAAAUGAUGGCAAUGUAUCUGUGGAGGAACAACAUGUUGUUGCAUCACAAGUAGAUGAGAGGAUAAAGUCCGCACCAUCGGGAAGAGCAGUAAGUGAUGAUCACGGGAUCAAGAUUGAAAUAUUUCUCAAUCAUCAGGUUGGUGAGGAAAGUGAGGACGAAACGCGACAUCUUGAUGAUAAAACACAAAAGUUCAAACCUCAUAAUAGUAGCGACUGA